GCACAGACAUGACUGUGUCUGUAACUCAAACCUGGAUGAUCGACUUCAGAAUCUGCGCUGCAGCUCUUGUGGUUUGUUGUUUUGACUGCAGCCUUUACCUCUCAGUUUCUUAACUAAUAAUUAUCUGUCUUCCAUCCAUAUCAGACUCUGUUGCAUGUAAACACAGCAACAGGUUACAGUCCCAUCUUUCCCAACAGCAUGCUUGCUUCACUCGAAACGAGACUGAGGGCAUUCAGAGAGUCUGAGGUUUCCACAUGAGGAGGUAUGAUGCAGUUUCAUUCCCACAGACAAUGAUGUUGUUUCUGAAUGACUGCUAUUUGUUUUUCAUGCUGGGGCGUCUAUGUGGGUGUUAAAAACCCAAAGUGAGGAAGCAGUCCUCUGCAGACAGGCAACCGACAGGAAGGAAGGAACUACAUUGUGACUUGACUAAAACUUUUCUGCCACUUUUAUCUUCAAUUCCUCUUCAAAAGCUGCAGCACCUUUCAGUCUUAAUGGAAACGAACACUAUGCUGGCAAAAAGGGGGAACUAGAGCUUAGCACUACCCCCCUCCCUCCCUUCCUCUCUGUCUCCAGUGCACUAUAUCCUCUUUUGGACCCAACCUGCCCCCGGUUUUUGCGUUAUCUCUUAGGUUUAGCGUGGCACACACAAGCAGUAGGAUGAUUGUCUGGGCAGAUGGUGCUCAGUGUGUGAACUAGAGGCUGAGACGAGGCAGAGUGGGACUGAGACUCUGUCUAUCAUGGGAUGCUGCAGUGUGACCCAGAGGCAUACUGGAAUAGACGAGGUGGGCCCGGAUGAGAUCGAGCUCCUGGAACUCUCUGGAGAUAACUUGGGGUAAGAGAAGUUCACAAUUAAAAAGAGAAAAAAGGAGAAAAAUACUUAAAAAAAAUAAUGGUUUGCUGGGAAACAACCUAACAAUGACAGUUCAGUUCAUGUAUUCUAAGAUGACAUAUCAGAGUGGAUGUUUAAGGAUAACCUGAACUGAAAUAAAUAUCAAAUCGUGCUUCUCUUGCUUUCAUUGCUAGUUUCAGAGUUAACUUAACCUUUUAGGUUCGUUUAAAUGUGGUUUUGUGUAUCAGCAACUUCUGCAGGAGGAAGCACCCACACUGUGCACUGGAGAGAGCACUUUAGCAGCUUGUCUUUCAACCUCUGUGGUUUACUUUUCAUCACAUUUUGAAGCUUAGACACAAAAGACAUUACCCUUUUCAAAGUUCUCAUUUCCAGGUUUUUGCACAGAAAACAGUGACAUGAUGAAACUUCUCCAAAACAACAGGUUUCCCUGUAUGAUUUCCGCUCUUUAGCACCCUGCAGAAUAUCAACGCAGGACAACUAAUUGGCUCCUAUUUACCAAACAUGAACUUGGGGAUUUGGUGAUGCUGCACUGAUGUGAUUAGGAGAUUACUAUAAGACAAUGGCUAAUGCAUAAGGGCUUUAAUGCAGAGUCAGGGCGGGACAAAUCCCCCGCUCAUUUGAAGGCGGCAGGAUUACAACAGGCUAAUCACAACAAUAGUUAACAGUCCUUUAGUGUGGCUCUCUUGAAUGAUUACUUCUUAUGGUUGCAGGCCUGUUUCUAAACUGGUUCUAAUGCAGAUCCAAAAAUAGAUACACACUCAGUCAGACAUGUAUGAUGUGGACACCUAGGCAGGAAAUUACACACAACUGCUUAUCAUUCCUUUAGUUAAUAUCUAUUCUUAUUUUUAAGAAAUGAUGUAAGGCGCUCUUGUAAGGACAUAUAAGUCUCUCUUUCAUAAUUUUUGAUUUUGAAACACAUGCCUGAACACAUGCAGAUAAAGUUUCAUGACAGUCUUAUCCUGUUUGGUUUUGAACCCUGAGAUGUAUCACUCACUGUGAAUAUUUCACACUUUGUAUCUUGAGUCUGCUGUAUUUUAACUGUGUCAUCUGACACCCUCCCAUCACAGCAGUUACUGACACUUUAUUACUCAACAUAAAUUGUCAGUAAUGUAACUGGUGGUCUUGUUUGCUUGUGUCGGUCGGAAAGGACUAUUGCCAUCAAGUUCAGCCUGUUUUGUUAUCAGUGGAAAUCUCCCUGCACAUGAGAUGCACUUCUACGUGUGGUUAACUGCAUGCUAACAGGCCACCAAUACACGGCAGUUAAAAAGUGACUGUGAAACAGUACAUUGCAAAGUUUAGAGAGAUUUUAGCCCCACUAACCUUUCUCAGCACACUACUUCAUAACAGAAUUCUUUAAAUCAUCAGAUAUUUGUUUGUAUGAAAGCAGACAUACAGCAUGGACCACCUUCAUAUACAUGGUCCAGAUCUCUGACACAAUAAUGACACUACAGAACCCAUGCGGAUCUAAAAGUUACAAGAUGUGUUUUAAAUGUAAAAAUGUUUAUUUUGUGUGCUCACAGGAGUGUACUUCUGUACUUUUGGGGACUUCAGAGGCUCUGCAUGGUGUCUCUUGAACUGACACUUCUUGAAUAUUUUUGAGCUUGGUAAGGAGUUCCACAUUUUAAUCUCCCAAAUAGGGAAGGGUCUUAGGUUAUAUGAGGGUUUAUUAAAGUGUGCACAAACAGAUUCAUACAAACCAGAGGGAAGUUACAGAGCCAGGUUCUCUUAGAGGUCACCAAUAGAGUCUGCUUAUUCAAGCCUUUGUGCAAAAGUCCAUACUAACAGAUAAAUGAAAACACGAGUCUUAUUUAGUGUUUCCAGGUUAGGGUAAUAACAGCUACGGCUGAGGAAAUGAAAUCACAGCAAAAUCUGUUAAAGCGUGUUUUUUCAACCACACUAGAAGAAGAUACAUCAAGGCUGGCAUGAGGUUUCUAGAAUGGCAAAUAAACUGCACAUAUGUGGUUUUUGGUAGUGAGACGACUCAAAGCACUUUUACAUAACUUUGUGUGUUCACUGACUGUUAUGCAAGGUUCCUGUUACAAAACUCAUUGAUAUGCAUUCAUAAAAUGCUGUCCUUUGGGUUCUGAGUCUUCUCCUAGGACACUUUGACACUAGAUAGAAACGAAACCACCAAGCCUGCAACAGAAAGGCAUCCAUCUUUACUGCUGAACUACAGCUGCUCAGCUGCAGCAUUCACCAUGUGCUGUGGUCUCUCCUCUGUUCUUGGUGACACCUUCAGUGAGGGCUUAACCAGAGAGAGGAUUGACUAAUUAUCUAAAGAGCGUAUUGAUUUCCACAAUUUGUUUCCAAUGGCAGUGAAGGGCAUAGUGGCAGAGGCUUGUUCAGAUGGGUCACAGGGGGGACUCUGGCCCCCAAAAUCCCUGACUACUAUAACCUAAUUGGUAAAAUUAACUGUUUUGAACUGCGUUGCAACAGGCUCCUUUUGUCAGAGCCUUCAGUGUUAAAGUCUUACUUUUAAGCCCUUAAACUGAAUUAUGCUAGAAAGAUUGAUGUGUUUGUGUCUCUUUGUUAAGGAAAACAAUAUGUACAUAGAAUACAAAAACACUACGGCAAUUUAGUAACGGCUGAAGUUUGACGUUUUUAUUUUAUUUUUGUGUCACACAUUUGAUUAUGUAGCCCACAUGUACGAAAGAGGAUUAGAGCCACAUGACAACAAAAAAAAUAAUUACAGGGUCGAGAUUAAAGUCGAAAUUUCAAGAUUAAAGUCAAAAUGAAUAAAGUUGAAAUUUCGUGAAUUCAAUUGAAAUUUUGAGAUUAAAGUUGUUAUGUUUCUCACUUACAUAAACGGCGUUAAACAAUUAGCUGAACCACGAGAUACAGUUUCAGGACUUUUAAUGUUCAAAUGCGAAUUCAGUUAACAGGUAUCAAUGCACUGACACAUCACUCAACCAAACAGGUACACUGACAACUGUGCUAGCCAACAAAAAGUAGUGCUCUCCCAAAGCAUACAAAUACUGUGUUAUUUCCUCAAAUACAUAACAAAAGUUGACGCAAAUAAAGACAAAAUUUCAUGAAUAAAGUCGUAAUGUCUUUUGGCAUACAAACACAGUGUGGUUACAAGUAUUCAGACUCUGAAAAAACUGGGCUGAAGAUUAAGAUGUAGAUGCAGGGUUAUCAAUGGUUACACCUGCGUGCUAUACAGCGAGGCUAGUCAGACGCUGGGCUCAUUUGUGAUCCGCACCUUUUGGAUCAAUCAACUUGAUCAGUUGUCUUAUUGUUUCUUGCAAUACAACAUAGCCUUACUGUAUAGCACGCAGGUGUAACCAUCAAUAACCCUGCAUCUGCAUCAUAAUCUUCAGCCCAGUCUUUUCAGAGUCUGAAUACUUAUGACCACACUGUGUUUGUGUGCUAAAAGGGCAAAGAUUUCCUUGUUACUAAACCCAAUUCUAAAGUACAGCUUUACAAACUCUUCUACAGAGGACAUGUUGUCAAGUGACAAGCAACAGUGCUGUUGAUUCAUUGCCAUUAAUCUCAACAUUACGAAUUCAUUCAUGAAAUUUCAUCUUUAUUUGCGUCGGCUUAAAUCCCAUAAUUUUGACUUUAAUCUCAAAAUUCUUACUUAAAUCUUGUUCCUGUAAUUAUUUUUGUUUUCUCUUCAAGUGGCCUUAAUCCUCCUUCGUACACAUGGGCUUACAUGACACCAUGAAUUUAUACAGUCCAGUCAUGUUACAAGUCAAUAUCAUAGAAAAGACUUAUACAUUGAUACAUAAACAUACUCUAAUUAAAGAGGAUAUUUUCACGAGUUCCACAUCAAGUAUUUGUAAAAAAAUAAAAAUAAAAAAUGACGAAUUUGACCGUGAGUAAAAUUAGAAAGAUGAAACACUACUUGGAUAAUGUAUUGGACUUCUUUGUCCACAGAGGGCGCCAUUAUUGACACAAACUGAAAGUUACUCACAGGCGCUCUGCACAGUAUUAAAUUGUGUCUGUGCACAGCUUUGCCACCCUUGCUUACGUCAGUGCCCCUGGUAGGGCCUCGCCAGUCCAAAGUCUGGACAUGGUCCUGCAUACAAGGUUACAGGGUUGGAUCAAAUAACACUUUAAAGUAAAGAAUAAGCAAGAUCAGAAGUAUGGCUAAGACAGAACCCUACAUUUUGUGGAUGGCAAAAUAAGAGCUAAGCUAACUGGAUACCAUGCACAAACCCGCCUUUUCUAUAUUCUGUAUGUUUCUUUAAAAGUAAUUUUUUGCAAGACACCUCAUUGUACAUACAGCAAUGCAUCGAACCCAAACCUACAUUAGUAUUUACGUUUAAAGACUUAUUUGUGAAAUUUGGCAAAAGCUGUCUUUUACAAAGGAACCUAUUCUCUGCUGUACUGUAGUGAUGGGUCAGGAGGUGGAUCUGUCUGCUCUGACUGCUGUAAUCUGAUUAUGUCUGGCUGCUUCUUGGGUGCAAGAAGGAUAAAGACGAGUCAUUUACUUUUUUUUUUUUUUUUAAAUCAAAGUGACUCACCGCCAACAGUCUCUUUAAAGUGCACUUAUAGAAAACAUAUACAAAUGGGAGCUCACAUUUAGGGCAGUUCAGAAUCUCCAGCCCUACUCAAAUGUGCUUAAAGUGCAGAAACCACUCCUUAGAGCUGACCUUUUAGUAGUUUGCAAACAGGCUCACAGAAACUGAACUUGUGCUCCUGCUACAAUGAGGCCACGAAGCUAACCACUGCACCACAUCUCCGCCAGCACUGACUUCUGCUGCUGCUGCUGCUGCUACGUGACAAAGAUGUGCAAUAAAAUGUGUGAUCACACGUGUUUGUUUAGGGUGUGGAGUCUUGGAGAAACACGGCUUCAGCUGUCAAUGCGGAGCAGCAGAGAUGAGCAGCAUCUGCCGCCACCCCCACCUCCACCCCCACCACAACGUCCACCACCCCGCUACCCCUCAAUGCGACACCUGGAGGUUAGGGUGUGUGUGUGUAACUGUGAUCAACUUUAGUCUUAACUUUUCACAGCAGUCUCAGGCAUGUUUCUCACGAUGGACAUUUUUAACACUUUUGAUGCUCAGGCACAGUGUGUCAAGAUGCGCCUCACAUGAACACAGUUUCCACACUGUUAUUUAUGUUUUUUUGAGGUCACACACACACACACACACACACACACACACACACACACACACACACACACACACACACACACACACAUACACACACACACACGAACUAAGGGAAUUUUCCAUUACAAAACUGAGAGAUUCUGCUGCUUUUCUGUGUGAUUCAAACACUUCUGUGUUUCCACUGAAAUGAUAAAUCAUCUAAAUAUAAAGCACCAAAAACUCUAAGGAACCACACUACACAGUUCCCUCAUGCUGAUGUUUGCAGAGGAAAAGACACUUGUGUUAUUACUUAGUUAUCAAAAAUCCCCUGGAUUGUGCAACAAUGUGCACUAUAGUAGAGGCCUUGAAUAGACUCCAGUCUGGUACUCAGUGCAUGAUUUAUCACAUGGCUGUAUAAAUAUUUGAUCACACUCAGCAUGUGUAAAAAAUCUUACUAUAGUGUUCACUUUUGUACAAAUAACAGCAGCAUAAGGUCUGUUUAGAGCAGGGGUGGGCAAUCAUGUGCCAUGGAGGGCAGAGAGGCUGCAGGUUUUCUUUCCAACCCAAAACUCCACCAGGUGAUUUCACUGAUUACCUUACCUCCAAGCAGAGAGCAGAGACUAAUCAGUGAAACCACUUGGUGGAGUUUUGGGUUGGAGAGAAAACCUGCAGCCUCUCGGCCCUCCAUGGCACAUGAUUGCCCACCCCUGGUUUAGAGUAUGCUUUAUGUUUAGUACGUGUAAACUAAAUGGACAUCAUGAAAUCACUUUGUACUGAUACAGUUUUGUGUCUGUAGGUGGUGCUGUGGGGCAGGACUAGAGAGGACCUGCACAACAGGAUUUACUCCCAGCAGCCAAUCAGGGACUGGGAGGGCCAACCUCCUCAUAUGUAUGGAGAGAUCAUCUACUCUUCUCCUGUGUCUCUCUACAACAGAUACACUCAGGUAACAUCACACUUCACAUGGUAAUCACAUGGGAACUCUCAGUGCAUGUUGGUAAUAAUUAUUUUACUUUGAGGACACCGUUUAAUGUAACCAGACACAGAAGUUAUGACCAAACAGACUGUGAUUUAAUUUAAGAGUCCACAGACUAAUAAUGAGCUGUGAGUGCUGCGUCAUGGUUGUUUGGUUGGUGUAAAAUCUUGGUAAUUUUUCUUCUACAUCAGGAAACCAGUGAACACUUCCUGGUCUUGUUCUCCUUCCACCUGCUGAUCCUCUCCCUGGACCACUCCAGACAGGACUUUAUAUAUGAGGUAGUUUUUUUUUUUUUAACUCUGAAAAGGCAAAUGUUAGUCUGCUAAAGUUUGACAUGCAGCAGCCUCGCAUGCAUGUGGCAUGAAUACCGAUUGGGAAUAUCUGAGUAGAAACUGUUCAAAGAAGUGUUGGGUGCUGAGGGUGCUGCAGCAUCCCACUAAUGUAAAAAGUUGACUUGCACAGAAUUGGCACAUUUUUCUUUGUUUAGCUUGCGUACUCAAUAUAAAUGCUUAUAAAUUUUCAAAUUUAAUGCAUGAACCCAAAAUUUCAUGCAACAAAAGAAUGACAUGAUCAAAUACUCUGACUCUCUCGCAGUGCACCCUGAGCGACUUCCAGCAUCCGUGGCAGCUGCAGCAUCUUUCUUUCAAACUUGUCAAGCAAUCAUUCAGUCUUUAUUUAUAAAGCACUUUUCACACACAACCAUGUAUCUACCCCAACCCAACCCCUCAUUCCCAAACACAGAAUGAAAUUUAAGAAAUAAUAAAUAAAAUGAAAUAAAAACAACAGUAACAGAUAAUAAAAUAAGAGCUAAAUAAAAGACAAUCCAAAUUUAGAAAGAGAUAAACACUUGAACAAAGUUAAUAAUAUACAAUUUUACACUUUUCCCCCUCUUCUCUUGCAGGGCAUCCUUCCCCUCUCCGGACUGUCCUUACAACCUGUCUCCAUGGACUCUGACACACCACAUUCACCUCACAUGUUUGAGAUCAGCAGUAAGUCAAGAAAAAUGAUUCAGUCCAUCAAAAACAUGGUGACACAGCGCACAGAUGAGAUAUACUUUUUCUUUGAUUCAGGUCCAAUGGUGGACUCAAAAGUCUUCAUAUGUUCAGGAGCUGCAGACUUACAGAAAUGGAUGCAACACAUAGAAGACAGAAAAUAUAAGUCAAUGACACAGCCCAUGAGUCCCUCACAUUGUGCACUCUCAUAUCUGGUAAGAAAUAACUGCUGCACAUCUAUGCAUGAAGACAAAAUUGUCGUUAAGUUUUAAUGACUUUAAUGCAUUUCUCCUGUAGCUGCCGUGUGAUGAGCACUGGAAAAGAGAGGAGCUGAAAAAGUUCUUACUACAGGCUCCCAUAUGGCAGUGGGAGGGCUCACCCAUACAGCACAUGGGUCAGCCUGGCUGUAUAUCUUUGGUGCACAUCAUCAACACACAGAGACAGGUAAGACACUCCCUCGCUGAAGGAUUGCACAGGAAAUCCAGUUUCAGUUGUUACCUCAGAGUUAAAAAUAAGAAGUAUGAGCAACUCUUUAUAUGAAGCCACUCCUUUUUAAUGCAUCACACAUCAGUAAUAAAACCUUAUAAAUGCAGAGUUAUUAUAAUGCUUUGAAUGUACAAUUUAAGAUACAUUUGAUCCAAAUCUGUGUAUAUUUCUGCUUUUUGAGAGCCUGCCUUAUCACUAUACCUGUACUUUAUUUGAAAUUAUGAUGUGUUAUGAUUUCAGAAUUCAAAGGACACUGGUGUUAGUUUUUCUGUUAUGCUUUAGAAAUCAUACUUUUACAGUUGUAUUGUGUUCGCAGCUUAUAACACUUCAUACAAAGUACUAGGAGUUAUUAUAAAGGUUUAUAAAAGAUUAAAAUGACUGUUUCAGAGUCUCAUAGAUGCAUCCAUAAAGCUUUAUAAAUAAAGUUUGCUUUCUUGGAGUAAAAAUAUUGAUGCACUUUGAUUAUGAAAAGUUUUUUUAUGAUAGAAUAAUAAGAUCCUGAUAAAUAGUCAUUUGAUGCUUGAAAUCUCUGAUAUCAAGAGCCUCAGGAUCACACCUUAAUGUAAACACACAUCAGUGUCUAUGUUUGCUUUAAAAGAUUUCUACCAUUUAAAUUAAUCCAAGUAUAUGUAUAAUUACAAAAUAAACAAGAUCUAAAAUGCUUAUUUGCUGAGUUUAGUGCCCUCAGAUUUAAAUACAUUCAGGAGGCACAGGCCUAUUAUGAGCACAGUGUUACCAUUGGAAUAAUAAAAUCCAAGAAGUUAUUCAGAGGAUUAAUUUUAGCUGCAGCUUGAAAGUGUUUCUGAAACAAUGCCAAAUAAUAUAAUGACGGAUAAAUUGAACAUGAGGGAUGUGUUCUGGGCAGAGAUAGUAAAACUUUCAAGGAGACAGAGACGUUGAAGUUCUGUUUCACUACUGAUCAAAGUUAGGAAGUUUGCCCAUCAAUGACAAAGUGACAUAGCUCCUCUGGUGGCCGUGGAAUAGGAACAUGAGGGACCUGUAGACUGUGUAAAACAUGGACAGUUUUGGGUUUCUCAAGAGGCAUUGUGAAACUUUCAGUCAGUCUGAACACAGACAAACAGGUGAGACUGAAACAGACUUUUAACCCUCAGGCACACAGCUACAACGAGUCCACCUGUCUUCACCUCAUCAGGCAAAUUUAUGGCCACGCAUUUGUUUUGUCUCAGCAAUUAGCCCUUUACAAAUCAGGACAACAAAACUAUAACGCUCCAGCUGUAAGUUGGAUAGGGCUAUUAUUUGUGUUAUGUCAUAUGUUUUAUGUCAACUGUCACCAGUUUUUUACUAAAUGUUAUGAUCUGAGGAGAAGAGCCAACACUAAAUUAAGUGUCAUUGUUGGCUUUGUGUUUGCAGGGACUCCAGGAAAGGCUGAUGGUUCUCUUCCCUCAAGAAGUGCUGCUACUGUCAGUCGACAACAAGCGUCUAAAUAUCAGAUAUGAGGUGGUGUAAAAUGACUCUAUGGAAAAAUAUAGAGUAACUUCUUUACACAGCACUUGUUAUCUGGAUACAUGACCUGUAGCGUGGGAGGAACAUUUUGUAACUCACACCUGCUGCAUUCAUCAUGAUUCAAUGCUUCUCAGUCUGCAGCUUAAAUCAGCUACUGUGGUUUAAAGUCACUGAUGGAAUGUGGUUUUGUAGACUGGCAUUUCUAGCCCUGAGUUUGGCAUUUUUGGUUUGUUAGAAUUCUCCUUUUUGGGAGCGAAUAGUUCUAAGCCGGUGUUAGCAUUAGCAUCCUCAUCAUUGUGCAUAGAUAACUGAAGGUAAUUGGUUAUGAAUAUAGAUGCUUCUCAUGGCAGGCAGUGUUUGAGGUUGGGGUUCGGUCUGGUUUAAUGCCUGGAAAUUGAAAAAGGGGUUAAACAGCAGCAUUCAUACUUUCUUCCCUGCAAAGAUAUCCAGUGGACUUGGUCUUCAUUAAGGGGUCAAGUAAAACAGCGUGGAAGUUGUGGCUGAUACACUGUUAAGAAGUGUCAUAUAACUUCACUUAAAAAAAUUGAACUAUUCCUUUAAAAGACUUGAAAGCAGCCAUUGAAUCAACAAACUCAUAAGGUAACUGGGGGAACAAGCAACAGUAUGAAGAAAGACAGGUAAAGGGAGGAUCCUUUUCUUAUUGAUUUCAAUACAUUUGUUCUAUUUGGAAAAACAAUUCAGUCGCCCCCUGCUGGAUGUGCACACAACUACAACUCUUCCACAUAGUUCAAAGGUCGUCCUCUUUUGUUUUUACAGUCUACAGUAGUUUUUUUUUUUUUUUUUUCAAUAAGGUGUAACAUAUUAAGAUUAAUCUACUUCAUACUUUAAAUUAUUCUUCUGUUUCUCCUCUAACAGGGUCGAUUACCUCGAUACAGCGUCAAAGCUGUGGAGAGGUCAGCUCUGCCGGGAAGGCUGGAGUUUGAGCUCACAGGUGAACUUUACUAAUAACAUCACUGCUUUCCUAGAUGAGUGUGACUCUAGAUUAGAGUAAAAAUAAGUCAUGAAUAAAUAAACAAAUGAGGGAAACAGUCCUUUCAUAUUAGCUCUGCUGUGUUUCAGGUGAGCUGGUGGAGCCUCUGCUUGUCUCAUGUACCUGUCAGGAGGAUUACUGGAACUGGAUCUUUCAGUUACAGCAGGUAGAACUUGAUAUUUGAUCUUUCUAAUGUUUUUGAGCUAUUGGGCUAAAGGUACUGUGGGGGACUUUUUUAACUUUUUGAGAACCUGAAACUGAUACUAAUGCCUUUGACAAUAUUUGAAACCUCUCUAUGACUUUUUUUUUAAGAAGACAAAAAUGUUGUCUAUAAAUAUUCAUGUUUACCGCAGCACUGUCUGAUACUUCGAACUUCAUCUCAUCAGGAUUUUGUCUUUGACUUACAGCCUGACAGAAACAGCCACCCUACAGUGAGUCCUCCUGCACCUCCCAUCAAACCAAAGCUGCAAAGGAGCAGGAAGGAGUCUCAGGAGCCGAUCGUCACAGACCAAUGUCACAUCAAUGGACGCAGCUGACUCCUUACAUUCAGGAACGCGUCAAAAGUCACUGUAAAUAUUAAUCUUGAAGUGUAGAUAGUGUGUAAAUAUUGGUUUUAUGGCUAAUUUUGCAGCAGUGUGAAAAGAGUUUGAGAUUUGCUCACUCUGGUUUUGAUACUGUCAACUCCUGUCGCCACUCUAAGGGACGGAGCGAUACAAACUGAAACAUGUGAAUCCAGACCACAGCUGAAGAAAUAAUGAUUUCAAGACGAUAGAGUUGUAAAUGUUACUACAGAAAAAAAAAAUAAAGAUAAAAACUACAGAAAUCAAA